GCGGGGGCGGUCUCAUAUCCAAUCGGUGGCGGCCGCGACGGCGAUGGCAGCUCACCGUUGAUAGCUCCGCCGUUGGUUUAUUCGUCAGCAGCCGAGCUUGCCGACUCCAAAGUCGUUCAACCUAAUUUCAACAUUACCUGGAAACUCGACGUCAACGUCCAUUUUUCCUACCUGAUUCGCCUCCAUUUUUGUGACAUCGUUAGCAAGUCUCUGAAUGAACUGUACUUCAAUGUGUACAUUAAUGACGAUAUCGCUAUUUCGGGUCUCGAUCUGUCGACGUUGACGAGAAAGCUGGCGACGGCUUACUACAAGGACAUCGUCGUGAAUUCCACGAACGUUUCGAAUCCCCUCCAAAUAAAAGUUUCUCCGGUAGAUGAAGCUCAGGGGAUAAGAAACGCCAUUCUCAACGGUCUCGAGGUGUUUAAGUUGAACAAUUCCGUCGGGAGCCUGGGCGGAGAAUACGGCGUUGACGGAGAGAUAACAACUGAGGACGGUAGCUUGAGCAGCCAUCAAACGGUGGCGACUGUCGGAUUCGCUAUGAUGUUCGGUGCGUUCCUAGGGUUAGGAGCAGUCGCUGUGAAGUGGCGAAAAAGGCCCAAGGAAUGGCGGAGGAAGAACAGCUUCUCUUCCUGGCUUCUUCCAGUCCACACAGGAGACACAGCUUUCCCAAUCAGCAAGACUCCUCCAGGAUCAAAGCCUAGCCAAUUGGCUGAGUUUGGCAGGCACUUCUCUCUUGCUGAAUUGCAAGAAGCAACGAAUAAUUGGGAGACAAGUAGAAUCAUAGGGAUUGGAGGAUUUGGCAGUGUAUAUCUAGGAGAAAUCAACAAUAGAAUGAAAGUUGCUGUAAAACGGGGGAAUCCAGAAUCUCAACAAGGCAUCCAUGAAUUUCAUACUGAAAUCCAAAUGCUGUCUAAACUCAGACACAGGCAUCUUGUGUCUCUAAUUGGAUAUUGUGACGAAAACAAGGAGAUGAUUCUAGUUUAUGAGUAUAUGGCAAACGGACCAUUGCGGAACCACCUUUACGGGAAGGGGCUCAUUCAGGCCCUUCCUUGGAAACAAAGGCUCGAGGUCUGUAUAGGGGCAGCCAGGGGACUCCACUACCUCCACACGGGUGCAUCUCAUGUGAUCAUCCACCGGGAUGUCAAGAGCACAAAUAUCUUACUUGAUGAAAACUUUGUGGCAAAGAUGGCCGAUUUUGGCCUCUCCAAAAGCACAUCAUCUUCUGGGACUGACUCUGAUCAGACUCACAUCAGCACAGCCGUUAAGGGUAGUUUUGGUUACCUUGACCCGGAGUACUUUCGCAAACAACAGCUCACAGAGAAGUCGGACGUGUACUCCUUCGGAGUGGUUCUUCUAGAAGCAUUGUGUGCGCGGCCUGCCAUUGAUCCGCAGAUGCCGAUGGACCAGAUGAACUUGGCUGAGUGGGCCAUGAAUAGGAAGAGAAAGGGGAUGUUGGAGAGGAUCAUUGAUCCCAGCCUUGUUGGUCAAAUCAACCUGGAGUCAAUGAAGAAAUUCGCGGGAGCAGCUGAGAAAUGCUUGGCUGAGUAUGGUGCUGAUAGGCCUAGUAUGGGAGAUGUGCUGUGGAAUCUGGAAUAUGCAUUGCAGCUUCAAGAGGCUUCUUCUUCAUCGCAAGGAAGGGCAGAGGAUGAAAACAAGUCGUUUGCAGCUCCAAAUUCCCCUGCUGUGCUUUCUCCAGCCAACUGUGAUGUCCGCUCUGAAUAUGAUUUAGAUAGCUAAAAUCAGUUAGGUUAUGUAGUAAUUUCAAGCCAGCAGAUGCUUCUUUGUAUAUAUUAGAAGUUAGAACUGAUCCCUAACUGUCUGACCAUUAGUUACUUCGUUAGUUUAUAGUGCAACGUCUUUGACCUUAUUUUAUUAUGAGCUCACCUUUGGUUUUGUAUGUUUUUUCUCUGCAGGUUUUGUUUCCUUUUCUGAAAAC